AUGCCCGGUGUCAUCAUGGAACAUGCUGGCGUUGAUGGGCCCUUGCGACAAGCAGGUCCGAAUGAGGCGGCCAACGGUGCAUCGAGCCGUGACAAAUCUACUGCGUCCAUGAACGGGCCGGUCCAUGUGAAUGGUACAGGAAGAGAUAUCAGCUCUUGGAGCCAAGGAAAAAAACCAGUUCAAGGCAUAGAGCUCUCCGUAACGACACCUUUUGAACUACCCCAUAUCACCGAAGGAUUUUUCCCAUUCGGCACACUUAUCAACCGAUCAGUUCAACAAUGCUGGGUUGAGCUCUCUGAGUUGGUGACAGAGCUGGCUGCGAUCAAUGUGCCGUCUGAUACAUCGGCCCAUGCUUCAAAUGGAAAGCAUGUGGGAAACCAAUCACCAGACAAUCUGCACAAGAAAUCUCGGAUUCUGGAGUUUGCCCAUGCUAGAAGAACGGAAUUCAUUAAGCUCUUGGUUCUCUCACAAUGGAGCCGUCAGGCUGCCGAAGUUAGCCGGCUUAUCGAUAUCCAAGGAUUUAUUCGCACUCGACAUCAAUCAUACAGCUCGGCGCUUCAAUAUGUUGGUGAAGUGAAACGAGAUCUGGUUCGAGCGCAGGUGGCCAAUCCAGAUCUCAAAACGGCUUUGGAGGUUCUUGCCAAAGGCAAGGUAGCAAAUCUUCCACAGCUUGGCUACAAACCUCCGAAGCCCUUGACUGCGCGGGCAACCCUAAAAAAGCUACACAAGAUCAAUCGCAUCAUUAGUGUCCGGCUUGCACUACACGACCAGGUCCCCCAUUCACUACGAAAUUAUCGCGUUCAUGACGGCCGUGUCACAUUCACCGUUCCCGGAGAGUUUGAACUUGACCUUGCAGUUGCAGAAGAGGCCAAUACUUCGCAGUUUUUCUUCGUGGAUAUCCGUUUUCUCUUCUCACCGUCAUCUCCAAUUCCGAAAGGCAGGAUAUUCGACGAAGUUGAUUCCAAAGUCAACGGAGUAUUGCAUAGCGGCGGUCUAAAUGGGUGCUUUGAUUUCCUUCAUGGAUUGGUCUUGACCAACAAGAUUAACACACUCUUCAAGCAAGCCAUGGAUCUUGCACGAGCUCUAUGGUCGGAUUCAUUGCGAAUUGAAUUCCUUCAUCGAACGCUGGUUAUUCAAUACUGGACAGCUAGGGCAGGGCCGAAAAGCUGGCUAGAAAUUGGUGUCCAACGAGGCCAAGCCGUUAACAAAACCCAUCAAAACACUACCGGGGUAUCGCGAAUAGGUCUACGCUGGAUGCGGGAUGGUCAAAAAGCAAACAGCAGUGACAUUGAAUUCGAUCCUAACAAGCUCUGUAUGGAAAGCCUCUUACGAAGUGUCAUUGCUGUGCACACAUCGCAUCUACUUCACAAUGCCUAUACUUCCCUCAACAAAAAUCUUCUUUUCUCCAACCACGUGCUGUCAUUGAAGGCACAUUUAUCCCCUACGGAACCUGGCGACUGCUUCCUUGAUGUCCAAAUGACGCCUUCUCGCUCUCUUCGGGUUUCAAUUGAACCGUUGUCCGGUUCAAUCACUCUUUCGGGUAUGCCAAACAUAUUGGAGCGUCCUGAACCCGAACGAGCCUCGAACCGAUCGGCGAUUGAGGAGGUCUUGGCACGAGUAACCCGUGUUCGAUGCUCAAUUGCGGUCGAGGAAGUUGAAUUCGGUAUCAAAGCCCUUGGUCUCGAGAAUGAUGGCCAGAGAGGUUUGGGACUCGAUAUUCGUCGAUUGUUUCCCGCAAACACUGUGCGCUCCGUCUUCUUCACCCAUUGUCUUUGGGAUCAUCGCUGGGUCGCUGCCGCAACGAGUAGUAUGGAUGGUGACAGUUGGUGGUUGAUUAAAACUCGAUCUGCGGAAUCUCACAACUCGCCUGCCCAUCUUGUCAGCACUACCCUUAUGCCCGCACAACGUCGAUCCGACUAUUCAAGCUGUGCAGAGCUUCUACAUGGCCUAACUGGAAUGUUAGCGAUUUAUUCCAAUGCUCGAUUCUUGGCAGGACUACCAAACGCACACCUUUUCCCUUCGUUGGAAGAGCUGCAGUUGGGAUCUGACUUUCAGGUGCCGAACCUGUUUCUUCGUUACGACCCAUCUGCACUUCCCCCGGCUCUUCGACUAGCAAUCCCCGUCGGACUUGAACGAAUAUCCUAUCUCACAGAUACCAUACGUCUUUCAUUCCACGGGAUUGAUCAUCUAACCCGGUCUGUUGCGCUUAUGGCAUAUGGCACCCCUCGGUUUCGUAUCAAGUCUUUGCUUCCUCUGGUAUCUAAGUUGGACGCUUCGCUACUGAUUCAAGAGCAUAAUUGCGGGUUUGCCCUCCGUUUACUUGCCCCAGCUGGUCACUCCGUCAUUGUGGGCUUAUUUGAACGCCUGCAACGAUUUGAUUGCGUUUUAUCAAUUCUUCAGUCCUUGAUUGAAAAAGGAAUGGAGCCGCUGUCCUUGUCUCUUUCACAUCUUGCAUUUUCCUAUGGGCCCAAUAGACAGUUUACUGGCCGAUUUGACAUCAAUGUGUCGGGUCCUUCUCUAUCCGAUGACAUUGACGUAUCCCACGUCCUGUCCAGCGCUGAUCCAUUAUUCCGCUUGCAGCUCAAGAUCAGCUUUGACAGUCCCAGCCCCCAUCGUCGUAUCCAGCAACCACUCACCGUGGCCCUGAACAACAAUUUCACGGAAACAGGCGUGGAUUCAAUGCUCGGGUUUAUGCACGACACUUUUCCCCUCCUGCAGUGCUUGGAUCAAAUCACCAAGUCUGCCCCGACAGAAUCCUCGAUUGUGCAUGUAACUGCACGCAGUCCAACAAUUUUCCAGUUCCAUUAUCCUCGGCUGAAUUCUCGAUUCCAGCUGUCUUGCCGGCGGCGCCAAAGCCGCAUGGUGUGGCUGCUGGAUGACUCAAAUCGAUCAGCCUCCUCUGAACCGAGUCAGUCUUCAAUCGCCGUUGGAGAAAAAAUCUACAACUCCAAAGGUGACGGUUGGCAGGGACUUGGUGACGGUGCUAUCUCUUCCCUUGAAAAAAUCGGCAAUCUUCUUUCUGAGCUUCAUUCGUGUCUAGGCUCUUGUCCUCCAGAACCUGAGAAACAAGAGCCCGAGAAUAAAGGGCAGCAACCUCUUGCAUCUGUACAAGGUGCACAAGCAAGCAGUGCGAACAGACCUACUAAGGUAGAAGCUGCCUCGCUUCCGAAAAAAGAUGUCCACAGGCACGCCGAUGUGAUCACGAUUGACUAA